CCAGUUGUUAAUAUGGACCAAUUUUAAGAACGUUGGGUGUAGAAGUAGACAUCCAGUUUUAAAUCGUCCAUGGGAGAGCAUCGGGCAGCAACGGUUUUGUUUGGUUUCUGAUUUUACCGGCCCUGUCUGAUUUGGACAGUUUUUGUUGUUUUGUCAGUUUACAUUUUACUUCUGCCAUAUAGGAAAAUGCUCACUCACUUUGCAGUGUUCGGUCUCGGUUUGCUUUGUUUCGUAAGCGCUGUUCCAUACCAGACCCGAACGAUUCACAUCGGUCCGCAAGAUAAAGUGGAAGAUGCGAUGUAUCUGUACCGCAGCAUGGUGGCCUCGGUGGCCGAAUACAAAGCCGCCAAGGCAUUCGAGGAAUCCCGCGCCAAACUGGGCGUGCGGUCAACUACGCGCGACGAUCAUGUCUGCUUUGGCGAUUUAGGCUGCUUCUUCAAGAACGGUACUUACGGAAAUUUUUGGAUGCUACCCUCUUCACCGAAAUAUCUGCAAACGAAAUUCCUGCUGUACACGACCGCUGACCAGAAAGAUCCGCAGCUGCUGGAGUACGAUAAACCAGAGACGUUGACUGGGUCGGCGUUUCGUGCUGAUUGGCCGACGACUGUCUUCAUGCAUGGCUUUGGCAAUGGACCGGAAAAUUCAUGGACUCCGAGCUUUCAGGCUGCCAUUUUUCAUUCUAUUCCGCAAGGAAAUUACAUUUUUGUCGACUGGAGCAUCGGUGCGAGACCCCCAAACUACUGGGCAGCGUCCGCCAAUACGCAAGUUGUUGGAGCACAAGUGGCCAAAUUGAUUGCUGCUCUCAACACACAUACAGGAACAACAUCAGACAGAUUCCACAUUGUGGGAUAUUCACUGGGAGCCCAUGCUGCCGGUUUCACUGGACAUCGGCUUGUCCAAUACGGCCAUAAACGUGCUGGUCGCAUCACCGGCCUGGACCCGGCUGGACCGAUUUUUGAGGACGGGCAUAGUGAUGCAAUUUUGAGCAGCGGUGACGCCGACUUUGUUGCCGGCUUGCAUGCCAAUGGGGCCACGCUGACCAACGGUGGAUUUGGAUUGUACAAACGCGUUGGAGACAUUGACUUUUAUCCCAACGGAGGACAGUAUCAACCUGGAUGUCCGCAUGCAAUCUGGGGAGCCUUAGGCAAUUUGCUGACCUUUAACUUUGGCGAUAUGCCAGAGUCAGUGAAAUGCAAUCAUCAUCGCGUCAUCGAACUGCUCACGGAAGCACUGGAUCCACACUGCAGUCAUCACAGUUAUGCAUGCGAAAACUGGGAGUCUUUUAAAGAAGGCCAGUGCGAUCCCGAACCCGACGGCAAUAUGGGCAUUUUCUUCACCCAUACGAAAUCAGAUCUGCAGCACUUCCUGCUUACAAAGGAUGCCGACGGCUAUUGUGCAAAUGCUGUGAAAAUCUCGCUGGAAAUUGCCGCUACAUCAGAAGAUUCCGAAGGCAGUCUGACAGUAAUCUUCGUCCAUAACGAUGGCAGAGUGGAAACAGUAGAACAAUUAGCGAAAGACGAAAAAUUGCCAGCCGGAAAGGUUGUGACGGAGGUAGUGCCCAGUCGCUUCCUUGUGACCGAUAUUGCUCAAAUCAAAAUCAAAUACACACCUGGCUGUUCAUGGUUCUGGUGCAGUAGAGACCGCAUAAAUAUGGAGCGCAUUACUGUGGAAAAUUUAGCUGUGCCAGGAACCAAGAAGUGCGGAGGAUACGAAAUCUUGUACAAAGAAGACGUGACGACAGUUGACCUUUCAUCGUGCACGGCAUAACGCGACGUGGAAUACAAGAGCAGCAACAACAUGAUGACUUGUCAAACGCAGGCCAUAUAGUAUAGAAAUUGUUCAUAAACAGCUCGCUAAAGCGCUUUAAACAAUUGUUGAAGAUUUUGGGCAAUAAUACUGACCUGGUCAGUAUGUAAAUCAAUUUUGUCAAGACAGUUUCUUACCCAAAAUGUUGUGCUGAGCAAAACUUGAGGAAAAAUACAAUAAUGCCUUA